UGCAGUUGCAAAAUAUAAAGAUGCCAUUUAAAUUAGAUACAGGAGCUCAAAUUAAUGUCAUAUCAGAGUCUGUGUUUAAUCUGAUGAAGCCAAGACCAACACUACAGGAGACUAAUAUCAGAGUUACAGGAUACUCUGGUGCAAAUAUACCUGUGAAAGGCAGAUGUUUAGCAAAAGUGACAUAUAAAACUAAAGUGCACACUCUAUCUUUUAUUGUUGUUCCAAAAAAUGUUCAAGCAAUAUUAGGUUUAUCAUCUUGUGAAAGACUGAAUCUAGUGAAAAGAGUACUUGUGCUGGAAACUGGAAGUGAUCCAGAAUAUGAAGGCUUAUUGGAAGAAUACAGAGAUUUAUUUAAUGGGCUUGGUUGUCUGCCAGGUGAACACACCAUCAGGAUAGACAAAACGGUACCGCCAGUGGUACAUCCCUGCAGAAAAGUGCCAUUUGCACUUCAAGACCAACUCAAAGCAGAGCUUGAUAGAAUGGAAAGCAUGGGAGUCAUUGCAAAAAUAGACGAACCAACUGAAUGGGUAAAUUCCCUAGUAAUAGUAGAUAAGAAAAAUGGAAAAUUACGUAUUUGCCUGGAUCCUCGCGAUUUAAAUAAAGCCAUAAAAAGAGAACAUUUUAAGUUACCUACUCGCGAAGAGAUCAUGUCGCAAUUUGCGAAUGCUAAAUAUUUCAGUAAAUUAGAUGCUUCCUCUGGAUUUUGGCAAUUGAAGUUGGAUGAAGACAGUUCAAAGUUGUGUACGUUCAACUCACCAUAUGCCAGAUACAGAUUUCUGAGAUUACCAUUUGGUAUUGCAUCUGCCCCAGAAGUAUAUCACAAAACUAUUCACAUGCUAUAUGAGCACAUUGAAGGUGUGGACACAUCCAUGGAUGAUAUUAUCAUAUGGGGAACUACUAAGGAAGAACAUGAUUCUCGUCUCAGGAAAGUUCUAGAAGCUACUCGACAAGCCAACUUGAAGCUAAACAAAGAAAAAUGCCAAUUAGGACUAAAAGAGCUGAAGUUUGUUGGAGACAUCAUCAGUGAUCAAGGUGUAAGGCCUGAUCCCAUGAAGAUAUCGGCAAUAAAAUACAUGAAGAAACCGCAAAACGUAAAAGAUGUGCAGAGGUUUCUAGGUAUGGUAAACUACAUGGGAAAGUUUAUACCCAACCUGUCAGAGAAAAUAGCACCGCUGAGAUGGUUGCUAGAAAAGAAGAAUGCAUGGAACUGGAAUCAUGAGCAAGAAACAGCGUGGCAACACUUAAAGGAAGUGCUUACGCAUGAACCGGUGUUAAAGUUUUAUGAUCCUGCUAAAGCCAUUAAAAUAUCGUCUGAUGCAUCACAAAAUGGAAUAGGAGCAGUUCUACUACAAGACCAUGAUAGUACCUGGCAACCAGUAGCAUAUGCUUCCCGCUCCAUGUCUGGUGCUGAAACUAGAUAUGCUCAGAUAGAGAAAGAACUUCUUAGUAUCUUGUUUGCAUGUAACAGAUUUCGUCAAUGUAUUUCAGGACAAUUGGUAAAUGUGGAAACCGAUCACAAACCGUUGAUAACAUUGUUCACAAAGUCUCUGAAUGACUGUCCUCUAAGGAUUCAAAGAUUGAUGAUCAAAUUGCAACGUUAUACCCUAAAGGUGACAUUCACACCAGGGAAAAUGAUGUAUACGGCUGAUGCAUUGUCCAGAGCAGUGGAUGAGAGAGCUGGUCAAGAUGACAAAGUAGCUGAAGAAAUUCAAGCUUACGUGGAUAUGGUCACCUCAGCUAUGCCUAUUACAGAUGCAAAGAUGCAGAUGAUCUGUCAAGAAACAGAGAAAGAUUCUACUUUGGAUAGAGUUAAACGUGCUAUUCAAAUCGGAUGGCCUGAUGUCAAACAGAGUUGCAUAGAUGGAGUCCAAGAAUACUGGAACUGCAGAGCUGAACUGACUGUCGUAAAUGGAAUCAUCUUUAAAGGCAGUAAGAUUGUGAUUCCUCAUAGUCUCCGCAAGCUAAUGCUGGAGAAAAUCCAUGAAGGCCAUUUAGGCAUUGAAAAAUGCAGGAAACGAGCAAGAGAAGUAAUGUUCUGGCCACGAAUGAACCAAGACAUUUCUGAUAUAGUGGCCUCCUGUGAUACAUGCUUAAAGUACCACGUGUGCAAUGCAAAAGAACCACUGCAGCCACAUCCAGUUCCAGAAAGGCCAUAUCAAAAGGUUGGUGUUGACUUGUUUACAUGUAACAACACAGAUUUUGUCAUUAUCAAUGAUUACCAUUCCUUAUAUCCAGAAUCCAAUGGACUAAUUGAAAAAUCUGUUGGAAUUGUCAAAAAACUAAUGCAGAAAUCUGAAGAGAGCAAAAGUGAGUUUUAUAAAGCGCUGCUUGCAUAUCGCAGUACGCCACUAGCAUGUGGUUACUCGCCUGCACAACUUCUUAUGGGAAGACGCCUGCGUACUAAUCUACCUAUGAAGGAUGACCUGCUUGCAAGAAGGACUGGUGCACAGGUAAAGCAGUUUAAAGAGAAUCAGAAGGAGAAACAGAAAGUCUAUUUCGACUCAAGAGUUAAAUCUUUACCUGAGCUGCAUAAGGGAGAAAAGGUGAGGAUUAAGGACAAGGACAAUACGUGGACACAGAAAGGUUCCAUAGAUGAACAAGUGCAACCUAGAUCUUACACGAUUCGGACAGAGGAGGGAAGGAUUAUUCGAAGAAAUAGAAGAGACAUUCUAAAAGAACCAGAGCAGAAAUGUUCCAACACUGAAUCGGAUGGAGUACUAUAUUGCAACACGGAGACGGAAUCAGAGACUGAUCAGGUUGUUAGACGGUCUACACGUCGAAGGAAAAGUCCUGAAAGACUGAUAAAGUCAUGUUAA